GAGGAGAGGAGCGAGCUGAGAGGAGAGGAACCACACAGAUAACAAAAAAACAACAACUACUAUUUCUUUCCUCUGUUUCUUUUUUGUUUUUUUGAACUGAAGCGCUCAGGUGCGCUCUCUUGCACCAGCUGGGCUUUUGAUCCAGCAUUUUCUUGUUUUUAAGUUAGAGAGGAAGAUUUUUUUUUUAAUCGUUUGGAAUCGGGACUUCUUUUUACUUACUUUUCUUUUUUCUUUUUCCUGCAUCAAGCAUGGAUGUGUUGGCGAAUUACAGUAUUUUCCAGGAACUCCAACUCGUCCAUGACACUGGGUAUUUCUCCGCGAUGCCUUCCCUGGAGGAGAACUGGCAGCAGACAUGUCUCGAGCUGGAGCGGUACCUACAGACAGAGCCUAAGCGACUCUCAGAGCUCUUUGAUGAGGAAUUGGAUUGUCUCUUAACACCGGCGUUCAUGCAGGGCAGUGAGAGCGAUGAGGACCUGAUGGACCCCCUUCUCCCCAACCUGCCUGAGCAGCCCAGCCCGCCUCCACUACUUGUAUCCCUCCCCAAGGUCCCAGCCAAGAUCCUCUAUGUGCCAAACCCCAGCAAGACCCAAGCAGAAGAAGGGACUGAAACCCUCACGACCAAGGAGCAAGUCCUUGGAGGAGUCAGCGCCGCACAGCUUAGUGCUGCCGUUACAUCCCUAACGCCGCCGUCGUCACCAGAACUUGGCCGCCACCUCGUCAAACCCACACAAACACUGACUGCGACAGCAGACGGUACCUUAACACUCAAAUUUGUGGCAAAGAAGGUGGGAUUAGGGGCUGCAAAGCUGGUGGCAGCACGGGCAUUACCGUCCCCGCCAAGUAGGGGAGGGACAGUCAGUGACAGCGAGCAAGGAGGAGGAGGAAGUCUGGGAGGAGACGUACCAGAGAACAAGAAGAGAGUCCACCGGUGCCAGUUUAAUGGCUGCAGGAAGGUUUACACCAAGAGCUCCCAUCUAAAGGCACAUCAGAGGACCCACACAGGUGAGAAGCCCUACAAGUGCUCAUGGGAGGGCUGCGAGUGGCGUUUUGCCCGCAGUGAUGAAUUGACACGACACUACCGCAAACACACCGGAGCGAAGCCAUUCAAGUGCAACCACUGCGACAGGUGUUUCUCCCGGUCGGACCACCUGGCCCUGCAUAUGAAGAGGCACAUCUGAGGGUGAACAGAAAAUGUGUGGGAGAGGGGAAGAAUUAGGGGGAGGAAGAAGAGGAGGAGGAGGAGGAGGAGGAGAGAUGUGAGGAGAGAGGGAUGGGCAGUCGAGCCGUCCGCCCGCCUCAUUCACCCCAUCCAAAAAAAACAUGUCGGCAUCCAUCUGAGAUGGCCGUAGAGAUCAAACGGCCCGACAGCCUUUUCCAUCGAAGAAGAUGAGGGUGACUGGAGGAAAACGAGGAGUAGCUAGAUUGUUGUUUUUCUUAAAAAUUACACACUCACACACUUGCAAUAGAAAACAGUUGACACACCUGUCUUGAAUGCAUCAUCCUGGUGACCUCGAGCCGCUGACAUGUGGCUCUGGGGGAUUGGACACUGCCAAAUCAACAUAUACUCGCUUGCUGAAAACAUAAUGCCACCUUUUUUCUUUCUCUGUAUUCAGUGUUUUUUAACCCAUACAAUCUCUUUGGGUGAGGAGUUAGUUCCGUGGGUAAACUUUAAAUAUCCGUAUAGUCAGUUGUUUGUGCUUUAGCAGCUUCUGAAAUCAAAUACUCAACUUUCUCUACUUUGUUUCUUAUUGUUUUUCAUACACGGACUUUAAGAAACCAUCAUCUGCUGCAGUCAGCUUCAGUAAUCUAUGUGAGGAAAACAACAAAGCCAAAUCUGCAGGAGAGAGACUUUACAGAUUGACUUCUAGCAUGGCUGACAAUCGAACCCGGGGCUCGGACGCUGGGUGUUUUGGUGAACCAAUGGGGCUUCGGUCAGCGGGCACUACUGCAUCUCUCAGGCUCUCCUUCAGCGGGUGUUUGCAUCUCACCCUCACCGAGACGCCUGCCGCCUCCGCAGGCUACCUGACAGAAAUGCGCAGCGACACUUUCUUCCCUUUUUUUCUACUAAGAGGACAAUAAUUCUUCUUGUUGUUAUUGCAAAGAUUGAUACUUUGUUCUUUUCUCUUUCGGAGAAAAUGUCUUAAAACUCACUGAAUUGUUGUUAGAGAGAAAAAAAAAACUGAGAAUCUAAGAUGACUUCAACAGAAUGUGUGGGAUGAGAAGGAGAGCGUUGUUGGUCUUUUAAUCCCCAUGUGCACUGACUCUGCCUCUGCGGCCUGUAAGCAACCAGAGGAUGAACGAAAACCAGAAUCGCACGACCCUCGGAAAAUAUUUGUAUUUUUUAUUUUGGACUAAAAUCAAAGAGGAGAGCAGGAGUGUCUUCGGUUUGUUGUGCUACUCGUUCUGCUCGAGGAUUCACGAAAACACAACCUUGUCCUGACCUUCAGUGGAAUCACACCGCACCGGAGUCAGACUCUGUGAAAACUGAAUCUCGUUUGUGUUGUUUUUCGGUGGGGGGGUUUCGUUGAUUCUGAAAGUCAUCCUGGAGCGCUUUCACAGAAUCGAAGAUCUGGAAGGCCAGAGAUGAGGCCGCAGUGCUGCUGUUUCCCUUGGGAUGGAAGACGCCAACCAACCUCUAGGUGUUGGAACCGAACAAACUCGGUCACACCGGCCCACCGGUCCAAUUUGCCUGUUUCGUAUCCAUUGACUGCACUGACCUUUUUUUCAAUGUUAUCUGUGCUUUUUUUUUCUACUGCGAAAAAUAUGGAAAAAAAUAAGAAACACGAUGGAAAAAAAAUCAUAAAAAGGUUUGAAAAAAAUACACUACAAAAACAAUACUGUCUCGCUCUACACUUUGCAUACAGAACAAACACACAUACUCCGUCCACACACACACACUCACACUGCAGUUUCUUUGCUCAUGGCUCUUCUCGAGAUAAGACUAAUACGAUUUAGGAAAAUAAUUAUUAAACUAAUGAACGGACUUAGAAAACAAAACACUGCAUGGCAGGCUUUAAUGCAAAUGCACACACACCAGCUCAUGAUGACACACAUGCACACUCUUCCUGGAAUUAUAUGUUCUGCUCCCAAAUCUUUUUUCACAGUAGGAAUUUAGCGACUGUUGUUUAGUAGAAGAGUAUCUUAGCUCUCAGCUGGAGGUAACAAACGAUUUCAGAUCCUGUGAAGUGAGAAAUCAGCUUGUUCCCAGUUCCAACAAUCACCCACACAUCCUCCGCCACAGUUUGUGCCUCUCAUUUAAUCAGCGUUUUUAUCUCCAACUCUGGUUACGUCGUUGGUGACGAUUAAUUGCAAGAGCCACUUUUUUCAGCGAAGAAUAAAUCAGACUGAAACAACUAGAGCAGGUCUUUAAGCCACAUUUUAAACAUGCUGGCAUUUCACAUCCACAUCCAUUUCAUGGUAAGUCUUGGAUAAAAAAAAACUAAAUUCAUUUCAGUCAAACUGUCUUCAGGAUCACAAGCAUUGCAAAUUUUAAGCACAUAGACUGUAAAUAAAGAUGGACGACGUGUCUUCACUUCCUCCUACUGUCCAGAUAUGAAGCCAAAAUAUCCCAGAAACAAAUGCUGCCAUUUUGCGUUCGAUACACGCACUGAUUACGAGUCAGUCCCAGCUGUCAAUCCAGAUGAAUCACCCUGUUUUUAAAUCAUCAAAUAACGAAUUAGACAGUCGCUCUGGGAACACAUACCUCCUCCCAGGCUAAUGCCCUAACUCUCCAUGUCAAAACAGUGUUCACCAUUAAUUAUCUAGACUGUGUUGUAUUCUAAUUUGUCCCGUCACAGUUCAAGUCUACCCCGUUACUGUCAUGAAUUAUAAUAAUUGAUAAUUAAUUAUUUUUAUGGAAAACCUAACCUCAUAAAGAAGGAGAUUAAGACCAAACUAACUGGGAACGUGAACACUUCAGUGUGAUGACAACAACAUAAAAUGACUGAAAAUGUCUUCGAGAAAAAUGGAUUUGGCGUGUACUUUGACUUUUCAGUUUGGUCCAUGUCCCGUCCAUCAACAUGGAGGAGGUGAGGUAGCAAUCUAGACCUAUCAACACACAAAGAAGCAUAGCAAAGUGCUUAAUAAGGGUACGAAGAAGCUUGCAUUAGGCUAGCCCUUUGAGAACGAUGAUCAUGUCUUCACCUAAUGCUUUGUUGAAAAUAGUGGCUCAUUUCUGUGAAUUUCCUGAAUGCAAAUUAAAUAACAUCAGAAUCUCAAAGAUAGAAGAUAAAACACGAGAGGUGGAAACUGGUGCGAGCACAUAUCCACACAACCUGCUUCCUUUGAUCAGUGGUUUGCGCGGAAAGAAAUAAACCUGCCCCGCAAUCAGGGCAUUACUGACAACCAACAUCAGCAGUUGCACUGACACUGCUGGUCCAUCCGCCCACCACCACCUGCAGGCCCUGUAGCGCAUGCAAACAGUCUACUGCUCGCUGCUGCUGCUACUGACUGGUGUAGGCUGGGUGAGGGUGCAAGGUUCCUGAAGCUGGCAGGAGAUUUCACAUCCCGUCGUGCCCGGUCGCCGUGCUAGUUGGCCUUGCCAACCCUCAUUAGGUGAAACAGUGAAAACAUUCCCCUUCAGGGGGGGUUUAUGGUGCAGCUUCGAACAAUCGAUACCAAAAACCUCCAGCACGGAACUACCCUUUAGCCACGGGCAGAAUCUCCCCAGUCAGGAGAGAUCAGCGGGGAACCGCCUCCGUAUGAGACCUCUGUAUCCAGCGGCAGCUUUCUCUACUAACUGUCUUUCUGCUAAAUAUGACACAAAUCAACCCACGUAUGAGAUGAAUCCAGUGUUUCAUGUUUGAUUUCAUUUCAUUUUUACUGUUUGUUUUUUCAGUGACAAAAUCUGUAUCGAUGGUUGUUUUCUUCAGCUUGGAAGAUGCAAGGUCACGCCAAAAUGUUGAGACAUGCAGAGGGAUGUAGAAGGACGUACAAUCACAGAGGGAUGGGGAUCGUAGCACUUUUGAUGGAAUGAAUGUGUAUUUGUGUGUGUGUGUGUGUGUGUGUGUGUGUGUGUGUGUGUGUGUGUUUGUGUCCCAUUAUGCCAACUGUGAGGGAAGCAGUGAUUAAGCAAAAUGGUUGAUACCAGAUUUCUUUUAACUGUGCAAACACGUGGGAGAAAUGCUUUUAAUCAAAGCAAUGGCCUACAAUGUGUCCAUGACGUUCUUUGCUCUGACAGUUCAUUCAUUGAUGUAUUUAUAUAAAUCAUGGAGCCCGAUGAUUUAAGUCAAAGAGAUGCAAACUUGCACUUAAUAUUGAAGCACGUUAAAUUAAUUGAAGAUUAAUUAAAUAACUAUUUUCUGUUUUUCCUGCCCCGAAAUCUCAGGAUUUGUUAGUAAUUGUUCUGAUUGUUAAAAAAGUGAUGAAGUAAUAAUAAUAGGAGUGUCCACAUGUAAAUCAGAUCUAAAAAAAUCUCAUCUGCUGCCGUGUAGUUUGAUCAUUUCAUUAACAAAGGAAGCCAGAUGCAAAAUCAGCAAGUCAUUUGCAUUUUGUACUCGUUUUCCCCGACACUUUGUAAAACCUGACGCGUCUAAUAUGAAGCUGCUAAUAUAAGAGAACCUGAUGUACAGACGAGAGUGGAUCAGUGUCAUCUUGCAGGUGGAAACAAAUGUUUGCCUGCUGCCUAAAUUACAAUUAAAGUUACAAAAUUACUUGAAUUGAUCUUCUCCUUUUUUUUAAUUAGCAUAUUUUUAGAUGAAAAGCCAAUAAAUUGUGAAUAAAAUGAGCCUUAAGUAGAGUUUAAAAGAAAGUGAGACUUUCAGCACAUUUCUGCGAAACAAACGUCCCCCAAAACGUGAACGUGAACGUACCAGAUUGUCGAUUUCAUUCACAGGUUUAAAGCAUAAAUGUAAUGCUACGUUGAAAUCGUGUUGCUGGCCAGACUGAAGCGACUCAUCAUUUCUCUCCUCUUUAAUUAAAAUCCCUCUCGACAUGUGGCAGAUCUCAAAGUCACUUUCAAUAUGACCUCACAUAUCGUUCCCUCCGUGUCUCUCGGCCUGUUGAAGCAGAUUUUCUGUCCGUGUGAUUUGCUCGGGGUCUCCUGUCGUCUCUCAGCCAGUUAGUGGCCGUCCCGCCGCUCUGAUUAGCAUGAAACACUUCCAGGUCCUGUUCUCUGGAUGCAUUUCAGCUAAUGAGUUAUCGCUCUGGGUCACAGGGAAACUCGGUGGUCUGAAAAAAAAAAAAAAUCCCAUCAGUGACCUUGAGCCAGGUCUGUACCCAGAAGUGGAUGCAGGAGAAACAGAAUAUCCCGUUGCAAAUUCAUUUUGAUGAACAAAAGGAUUUCAGAAAUAAUUUAGCCAUGUGAAAAUCUUUAAAUCAGCCCUCGUUUUUAUUCAUGUAUUACAGAUUCAAUAAACUACGAUUUAUCUGCAAAGUCCCAUCAGAUAUUUAAUCUGAAUCCCCCGACGCUCCGUCAUCCUCCCCAGUGGAAGUGCCAUCCGUGUUUCCCUCCACCCUGACCCCCAUAGCUCCCACUCUGUCCACAGCAGUUGUCCAUGCAUUAUAAGCUGCAGGAAUGCUGAAUGCACACUUUACACAUUUUGCCCAAAGAUUUGCAUAUUUGCAAGUUAACUGCUGUGAAUGUAGUGGACGUAGAGGGAACGAGCUGAGAGGCAGAGACGCAGAAAAUUUGCGAUGGAUGGCAGGUGGAAGGAGAGGGAUUGUUUUUUGUCCCUUUUUUUUCUCUUACACACCAAUUAAAUCUUAAUUACCGGUUUGCUCCGAACCUUCAUGCUUCGUAUCAUUCUCGUUCUCGGGUCCACUGUCAGCUGGAGCCAAACUCAUCAUUCACAAAUGUAAAAUAAUGUUCUCAUGGUCUUAUAGGGUGCCCACUGUAGUGGCGCUAGCAGCUUAAGCAGGAGUGAAGUAGCUUUAGUUAAAGUUAGUUUCUUAGCACGCUGCAAAUAGCACUAAUCAAGUCUCAUAUUUCAGAGUAAAAGGUGGACUGGAGAUUUGGGGAACCAAGGUGUUAUCACAUGAGUUCAUCAUCCUCAUGCAUCAAAUGGUCAAGAGGAAUCUCGUUUGGGACUAAAGGUGUUUUGACACUGGUGGAUAUUUCCAAAUCAGGGAAUGAUUAAAAUUAAAAAAAAAAAAGAAAAAAAAGCUUCAGAUUAAUUGAUAGGAUUGCUUUGCAGCCAUAGAGCAGUUUGUACCCCACAAAUCUAAACUUUUCACAAUAACCAGAAGCCGAGAAAUGCUUCUUUGACAAAAUUUCUCAUAUCUAUGAGAUGAUUCCCCCUCAAACCCAGUGUGAAACAGCCUUUAGACGUCCUCCUUCUUUGACCACAGCCAGUUGUUUAGGCAUCGUCCUUUGAGGAACCCGGCUUCAGUUUCCCCAGUUCUCCACCAUAUCCACCCCGAAGUAGGAUUGUUACUUCUGGCAGCUUUUGUAAAUAGCGUGAGAUCUUACGGACCGCUCUGUGUGAAAUUAUCCAGCACCGUCUCAGACAUUUCACCAUUUCUAUAGGUCUACUUUAGUUCUCGCAAACAUUGCACUACAUGAUCAUACUUAGCUUUUGCACUCACCACAUCCGGGCACAGCUAGCAUAGACUGUUGGAGCACUCAGAAAUCCACUUAACAUUUGUUACGCACGUCCAGGAUGCACUUUGCCACCAAGAACCAUUUACCAUGGGUCCACUCGCAAGAGAUCCGACUGAGAUAUCAUAACCUUCCAGGGCAAUGCCUUUUUCAUCACCGUCAGUCUGGGGGAUACUUUACACUCAGUCCAGCUGUGACUUGGUUGAAAUGUCUUGGUAUCACUCGCAUCCCGGAGUGUCUGUCUGUCUGUCUGCCUGUCUGUCUGUCUGUAAUACUGUGUCAGUCCAUGCUUGAUGUGUCAGUAUAUAAGAGAUUCACAGAUCCUUUA